AUGGAUGAGACCAUUGGAAAGAAUUGUCGGGAUUUGGUUUUCAGUACUACCAGACUGUUCGAGGGGAAACGUUUGAUUAACUAUAUGAUACGCGCCGUUGAAGUCAAAGACAAGAAAUUCUGUGCAGCAUUAUGCUUUAUGGAGAACAACUGUUUCAGUUAUAAUACAAAGACCAGGAGUAUCAAUGGAAAAUUGAAAUGUGAACUAAAUAAUGCUACACACGAAGAACACGAGAACGAUCUUUUGGAUAACCCGGACUAUGUCUACCGCGCAGCUGAGAAUGCUUGUGCCAGUAACCCUUGCAGUAAUAAAGCUACCUGUCAAACGGGUUUCACGAACUUUGGAUAUCGUUGCUUGUGUCCAAGAGGAUUUACGGGUCAGACUUGUGAAAAUGAAAUUGAUGAGUGUUUUUCGGGAACACACAGUUGCAAUGCUAAUGCAGAGUGUACAAACACGGUUGGUUCGUACAACUGUACCUGUAGACCUGGAUAUUAUGGAAACGGAAGCAGCUGCGAAGCAAUAUCCUCAUGUAAGGAAAUUCACGACAGCAAUCGGUUUAUAGAGAACAAAGCUUACUUUUUGAAAGUUGGAAAUCAAAGUAUUCUCGCCUACUGUGUUCUGAACGAAACAAGUUUGGGACCUUGUGGAGGAGGUGGCUGGACGCUGGUCAUGAAGAUUAACGGAGCACAGCAAACAUUUCAAUAUGGCUCCCCUUUAUGGAGCGACAAAACUGCUUUCAAUAUCGUGGGAGGUGAGACAGGAUUUGACGAACAAGAGACGAAAUUACCCACUUAUUGGGAGACACCCUUCUCAAAGAUUUGUCUCGGCAUGAAGAUCCCUGGUGAACAAACUGUGCAUUUCAUCGCUGUAAUCCGUUCCACAUCAUUGGGCGCCACUAAAUGGAAAUCGCUCCUUGGUUCCCAAGGCUCUCUUCAGCUAGGCUGUAGAAAGGAAGGGUUCAAUGUAAUUUGCAACAGUCAGAUCCACGCAAAAGCAAGGAUUGGCAUCGUUGGUAACAACGAGGCCGAUUGCGGUACUUGUGAUUCUAGAAUCGGGUUUGGCACGACCGGCGACCAUGAUUCAUCGAACACGUGCGGUAACGAGGCAGUCAUCGCCCCAGAUAAUGGUGACAAGCAUAUUAAAGCCAUGGGAUACAUUUUUAUUCAAUGA